AUGAGCGCACCUCUCACAGGGGGCUCUGACCCCUUCGACAAGCUCAAUGCCGACACUUCGUCUCUGCGGCAAGAGGCCGAGGCGCAACCCGAGUUCAAGAACACCCAGGAUGCGGCAAAGGAGCAGCGGAUAGCGCAGCUGAUGGCGGACCAGUCCCUCCAGCCCAUGACCGUCAACGAAAUCCGGAUACACGGCGCCUCCAACACGCGUCGCGGCUUUCUCGAUCCCCUGUUUGGCCCAUUGACGGCGGGCCAGGACAGCGCGCCCGCCACAAUCGGCGAGGUGAUGGGCAGCUUGCAGGCUGCGAACAACAAGAUUAGCAAUCUCCAGAUCUUCCAGCCGAAUCCCGAGAUCUUCCUCACGUCCUCCCAGCAGACCGAUCCCUCGACGAGCCCGACGGAUGUCGACGUCGACGUCAAGGUCCGGGAGCUGCCUCGCUUCAAGCUCCAGACGGGCACGGAUGUAGGGAAUGGCGAGGGCUCCGCCUAUGGUUCGCUCUUGUGGCGCAACAUUGCCGGCGGCGCAGAGAUGCUCUCGCUGAACGCCAAGACGGGGACACGCACGCGGUCGGCCUACAGCGCGAACCUCAGCGCCCCGGUACUGAGUGACCCUGACCGGAGAGUCGCCGUCGAGGCGCUGUCGUCGGCUGCCGAGAAGCCCUGGGCCUCGCACGAGGAGGUGGUCAAGGGAGGCAGCAUCAAGUACCAGUGGCUCAACGCUGUGCGGGACAGCUUCUCCGUGGAGUACGCUGGCACGUGGAGGCAGGUCACGGGUCUGGGCACGGGCGCCAGUCCCACGGUCCGCGGCGACGCUGGCGACACGGUCAAGAGCGCCGUGCGAUCGACAUUCUACCGGGAGCGCAGAGACAACCCCCAGCUGCCGCAGAAUGGCUACGUGGUCCGCUCUGCGUGGGAGUUGGCUGGCGCUGGCCCUCUGGGCGGCGAUGUGGCCUUCUCCAAGAGUGAUGUCGAGGUGGGAGGCGCCGUGCCCAUACCACUUCCCGGUGUCGAGGGCCGGUCGGGGGCAUCGAUCGGGGGCGGUCUCCGGAUGGGCAUGCUGUACCCCCUACCACUGGGAUUCGGCAGUGGGGGCACGUCUCAACCGAGCCGCAUCAACGACCGGUUCCAGCUCGGCGGACCAACUGAUGUGCGUGGGUUCAAGCUUGGUGGCCUAGGGCCGCACGACGGACACGACUCGGUUGGAGGGGACGUCUUUGCUGCGGCCAGCGUCAAUGCCCUCUUGCCAUUCCCGUACAAGGGCCCCGACUCCGGCCUACGAUUUCAGCUGUUCGCCAACGGCGGCCGUCUCGUCAGCCUGCAGCCAAGGGAGGGAGGCCGCAAGACGGGCGACGCGGGCAUGAGCGCGGGCGCCGUGAGCAGAGGCAUGCUGGAUGCCGUGGCAGAUCUGUUCAGCGGGGUUCCCAGCACAGCAGCCGGGGUCGGGCUCGUGUACGCGCACCCGGUCGCGAGGUUCGAGCUGAACUUUAGUCUGCCUCUGGUCCUGCGGCGGGGGGAGCUGGGGACAAAGGGGUUGCAGGUGGGUGUCGGUAUCAACUUUCUGUAG